AUGUCUGGCAACCAGCCCGGCACGCGUCCGACGCGUCUGGCUGGGCUGCUUACCCAGCCAUUGAUUCCCAGUCCUGUCAUCAACUGGAUCCUUCCAGCGCGUCUUCGAGAUCAAGACCACAACGAUGUGGUUUUCAUUGGAGAGCGGCGAAUUCAAAUCAAGGAAGCCCUGCCCAGUGGUCAUCUUCAAGAUGUUGUUGAAAAAUCAGACCUUGAAGGCUCGCUUAUCGGGGCAAAAGUCAUCAAUGUAAGCACCCAGUUGCCUUGGGAAUCUCAGACUCCAUCAAGUUUUGGGGGUCAGUCUUACGACACGACCAAACUGCCUCCUCAAAUCCUUUUUCUUGCUACGGACUCAAAUGAGCUCCUCUUCAUGUACUACUCGGAGAUGGGAGAUGGCCCAUUUGUUUCCUACAAUCGACCUCUGCCCCGCGAUGUCAACAUAGCCGACAAGUAUGGCAAGCAUAUUGCUGUUGAUCCCAAAUCCCGUGCGGUCGCAGUCAGCGCGUCGCGUGAUUUCUUCGGUGUCUUGUGGUUGAAAUCCCCCGGCGAACUCCAGAUGCAGAUGGCCCAGGGGAAGCUGAACCCACUCGAAAGUGAAAUUUUCUUACAGGUGGAUGGCGAUAUCCUGUUUAUGGAAUUCCUUUACCCGAAAGACAAUAAUGACAAACGGACCAUUCUACUGCUCAUCGUCCAUAAGCUUGGCACAACACGCUCUAUGGUGUUUGAAUGGGAUGAAGCUAGUAUGCUUAACCGCAUGAGUCCCAAACUCACCUUAAUUUCUCUGCCUCAGCAAGACCAGUUGCCUAGCAUGGUCAUCCCUUUGGCCAAAGAAUCCUCGUACCUCCUGAUCACUACGAAUUCCAUGGCGAUGUACACGCCCAAUUGCUCAUCUCGUCCGAUGCGAUACCCACCUAUCAUUCCCGAUGCCGAAUCGUCUGAAGCUGGACUGUGGACUCGCUGGGCCAGACCUUCGCGGAACCGGAUGUAUAGUCAGAGGUACGAUGGAAUCUUCCUUUGUCAAGAAAAAGGCUGGAUCUAUUAUCUCGAGUUUGGCAACGACGGUGAACUCGAAACCCAGACUUCCCUGGGUCAACUCCACUGCGAUGUUGAUACAGCAUUUGAUAUUCUUGAUAUGGGCCAUGAAGGUGGUGACUUCAUUCUCGCUGCUGGAAGCCAGGGUGAUGGUGGGUUGUUUGUCCAGGAGGCACGGGAUCACCCCAGAUGUGUUCAGCGAUUCCUCAACUGGGCACCAGUUUCCGAUGGAGUUGUUAUUCCCUCAAACCAAACACGCCUCUUCAAAGUUAAUCCAUAUUGUUACGAUCGGCUGUUUGUCUGCUCAACCUCUGCUUCGGGCAAUGGAGCUAUUACCGAACUUCGAUACGGCAUUGAGGCUCAGAUUGGAGUAUCGGCCGCAUUGGGUGGAUUGUCCAACAUACGUGGUAUGUGGGCUGUGUCACUCGGCGCUAAGGAUUCAAUCUACCUACUGGCCUCCGAUCCGCUUUCUUCGUUGCUUCUUCGUACGACUCCCGAUAUGAGAGAUGGCAUUACUGCCCUUGAGGAGGACAGCUUGGAUAUCCAACAGACUUUGGCAAUGGACUGUACACCAUCCGGUGUUAUUGUUCGGAUCACAGAAAGAGCUGUGCACUUUUUCAUCCCUACUGAUUUCACUCUCAACAGCUGUGUUCAACAUGAUCCCCUUGUGUUUGUCACAGCAGCUAUUGUGGAUGGCCCAAGUUCCACUAUUGUCAUGACUACAAGAAGUCAAAAGGGAAAUUUUCUCCAUUUUCUUCGGAUAGUCACGACCGAAGGACGUAUCUCCCUAUCUGAUGAUGAGGCUCCAUACCCGCUCCAAAAAGAGCCCAUCUGUAUCUCCUACCAGAAUUUGGGAGAAGUCGGAUUCAUUUUCCUGGGCACCAGCGAUGGCACAGUGCUAUCAUUCGAGGUUUACAACGAGACUGGUGGAAUCAAACAACAUGCCGACACUCUUGUCGAAAUCGUCAACAAUCCAGAGGACAUGUUAAAAACGAUUGAAAGCCUCGCUGUUAUCAAAACAUUCUCAGACGGUAGAAUUCACGCGUUCCUUUUCUGUGGUCUGCGAAGUGGCAUACUUGUUCCAUUCGAGAUAGAUACAAACGCCGUUAAUGCUCACGGUGACCCUGUCUUCGGUUUCAAAUGUUUGAAACAAAGAGCGCCACACCAUCUUGGGCAAACAUCAAUCAAGCUCAAAGCCUACAAUAAAUUUGCGUUGUUUACAUGCGGAGAUGAUUUCUGGCGUGUGUCAUAUGCCCCGGAUGGCAAUGGCUUUGAUUAUUUCCUGUCUCGUGUUUGGAUUACAGAUCAAAACUGCCCCGCAUACUUCCCUACCAGACUCAGCAGCUUCGAUCUUGUUGAUGUAAGAGAUUACUGGUCUGGGAUUCCAACUACAUACAUGUUUUGUUUUGCAGAUGGUCAGCUUCUGGUGUGCUCUCUGGAUCAAGAAGCAAAGGUCGUUCCCCGGCGCAUUGACAUUCCCGGAAAUCCCAGCAAGCUCACCUACUCCCAUCAUCUCCGGAGUCUCAUUGUUUCAUAUUCUGUCACCCAGAUCGGAAACCAAGCAAGGCCUCUCGAUCUUUCCCGCACGGCAUGUGUUGAGUUUGUGGACCCAGACACACAGUCGCCAGUGGUCUCUAACGAUAUUGACAUGGUUUCUCGAGGCCUUCUUCCCUGGAGACCACAUGGAGUUUCUGGUGAGAAAAUCACCUGCAUCUUUGACUGGAUGCCAUACAAGGGUGGCAACGCAUACCAUCUUAUCGCAAUUGGGACUUCAAUCAGUUUGCCUCAUCAACCCAGUCACCGCCAGGGUCGAUUGGUGUUCUUACAGGCGUCUCGGGAUGCCAACGAUCCUGGGCAGAUCAUUUGCACGGACAAGCACACACAAUUGUUCAAGGACCCAGUUUAUGCCAUGGAUGCAUGGGACGAUAGCUUGAUUCUUGUCGCUGGGAAGAGAUUCUUCACGGUCACCUCACGAAACUCAACAACGAAAUGGGUUCGAAAUAUUACAGCUACUCUUCCAUCCCCAGCUGUCGAGAUGACAGUGCAAGGAAGCAUGAUCUACGUCACCACCUCAAGACAUUCCCUGCUGGUCUACAAGAUUGCAAAUGGGGACAUCCUGAUGCACGGUUUCGACCCAACUGCACGCGAUGGUUUGUCUCACACUUUAUUGCCCGGGUAUGGAUUUCAAUCGGAUCUCCUUUUUGUGAGUACCCGAGGCGGAGCUACCCGGGCUUUCACAGAGCUCGAUCAACCUGGUGAUCUUGUGCCUCGUCCGACGGCCAAUCUCCCCACCUCCUUGAUCAAGCUCACUCAAGGCUGCAGGUAUCCAACCUCGCUGAAGACCAGCCAGACCUUUUAUGGUUUUGGCAUCAAUGGUUCGGUCUACAGGCUCUUGUGCCUUAAUGCGAAGGAGUGGCGCCUUCUUCGACUUCUGCUCAACAUCUGCCUUAGGGAUGAGGUCAUCUGUCCCUCCCUGUCCCGCAGACAUCGCUACCUUGAUGCGAUCUCCCAGGUCGAGAACAGUAUGCAUAUCGACGGCAACAUUCUAGCUCGCCUUGCCAGUCGCGACUCGAAAUACCUGGAUGAGAUUCUCAUGGCAUGCAACAGGAGUCAGUUCAAGGACCUGACCCCUGAAACAGUGCAUAUGUUCUUUGAGGCAGUUCAGGACGUGCUUGGAGUUUAUGUCAACCAUACCCAGGCUGUCUUCAGCUGGCUUCGGAACAUGCUGCACAUUGAGAUCUAA